AUGUAUUUUUGUGACGGCUGCCGUGAAGCUGUCAAUGUAGGAGACCAAUUUGAUCACAUAAAUAAGCGAUCCCAUGCAGUGAAUAUGUUUAGAACAUUUACUAACGAUAUCGCAAAUGCCUUUGCAGAAAACAAAGAUCAUACGGAUACCGAGUCAAAUACAGAUAGUACUAUAAUCAAGGGACAAGCCUUAAAAGUUCCUCAAAGCAGUUCAGAAAAAAUACAACCAAAGAAUUAUUUCGAAAUGAAACUUACUGAUAAACUGGGUGAGGUUAACUGCCAAGUUUGUAAUGUGAAAGUCCUUAACAGUGCUUCUAUAUUGAAAAUGCAUAUAGAAGGACGAAAGCAUGUCGAAAAAUUGCAAGAAAUGUUGUCAAAAAACAAAAUACUAUUAAAAAAUGACCGCUUUAAUUGUUCAGUGUGUCAGAAGUAUAUGAGGAAAGAAGUUCUUUUCAAUCACGUUAAAAACCAAAAUCACGUAACGGCCCUUGCGAAGACGCCGCCGGAUAGCAUUUGUAAAGUCUGUAAUAUUGCUAUAAUAAAGGAAAAAAUAUGUGAACACGUUUUAACCGCACAUCAUAUUAGCAAUCAAAAGAAAAAAAAUGAAAUAACUAGUCAUUUGUGUGAAAUUUGUGAUGUUCAAUUAACCAACAAUGCCACAAACAUUAACAUGCAUAACGAUGGUUUGCAACAUAAAAACAAAUUAAAACAAUUAGAGGUAAAUAACAUAGAAAUAAAAGAAUGUGAAAUGAAAAAGAAGUGCUACUGCAAUACGUGUGAAGUUUACUUCGCUUGCAAAUCUAUUAAGAAACAUAUUCGUACAUCGCAGCAUUUAGUUUUAUCGGGAUCUGGACUCACGCAAUAA